AUGACUUCUAUAAAGGAGCAGGCAGCAAUUAGCAGGCUGUUAAGUUUUUUACAGGAGUGGGACAAUGCUGGCAAAGUCGCAAGGAGUCACAUCCUCAACAAUUUCAUUGAAACCAACCAAGGCAAGACUGCCCCUGAAUUGGAGCAGGAGUUUUCCCAGGGAGGCAGCUUGUUCCUGGUACGCCUGACCACCUUUCUUAGGAUCACCUAUAUGACUGGUGCAUGUUUAGAAAAGCUUCUAAGGUCCAUUGGCAUCUUCUUAUCAGCUGUAAGCAGCAAUCGGUACCUUAUAGAAUUUCUUGAGGUUGGAGGUGUCCUAACACUCUUGGAAAUACUUGGGCUGGAGAAGACCAAGGAGGAGGACAAGAAGGAAGCUGUCAAGCUACUUCAGGUUAUUGCAAACUCCGGCAGGAAGUACAAGGAGCUCAUUUGUGAAAGCUACGGUGUACGAUCCAUAGCAGAAUUUUUGGCAAAGUCUAAGUCGGAAGAGACCCAGGAAGAAGUGCAGAUUCUAUUGGAUUCUUUGGUCCAUGGUAAUCCCAAGUACCAGAAUCAAGUAUAUAAAGGUCUAAUAGCUUUGCUGCCUUUUGCAUCCCCCAAAGCUCAACAGCUGUCCCUGCAGACUCUCAGGACUGCCCAGUCGAUCAUUGGAACCACACACCCCAGCAUCGUGGACUGCGUGCUAAAGGUACUGGACACGAUGCACCUGGAAGUCCAGUAUGAAGCCAUCGAGCUGAUGAAGGACCUGGUCAACUACGACGUGCGCCUGCCGCUGCUCAAGGGUCUCGUGGCACUGCUGACACCGCCGGUCGAGGAGACCUCCAGACUGCAGUCCAAGAUCCUCAACGACUCCUCGGCACUGCAGCUCACCGCCCACCUGCCCGUGUUUCUGCAGCAGGCCGCGGCCGCCAAGGCCAUCAGGAUCCUGGCGCGCAGCCACUUGAGCAUCGCCGAGGAGAUGCUGCACCUGCGCGUGGUGCACAGCCUGAUGGCCGCCAUGGGCAACACGGACCACAGCAACAGCCAGCGGCAGGCCAGCCUCACGCUGGAGUACUUCGUGCAGGUGUUCCCGGUGGUGGAGGAGCACGUGCGCCGGUCCAUGGGGGAGGAACUCUACCAGCUCUUCCUGAGCAACGCUGAGGAUUUGUACAUGAAAAUAGAUAGCAUUCAGGCGGACAUCUUGGCAGCCAACAAAGUCAAUGUUACCAGAACAUUACAGCUCUGUGGCAGGACCUACAGCAGCAUGAGCUCUUUCACUUUCCCUGUUGAUCCGGGUCUGCUGGCCUACAUCACACACUUGGAGAAGGAAGACAUGGAAUCAAAGGAGUAG